UGCCCACAAAAGUCACCACUUCCCGUCCACCCUUACCCUCCCUCACUGUCUCCGAAGCCCUAGCGUCUCAAAAUCGCCGAUUCAUCACAAAAGAGGCGGCGUUUCUUGCUUUUUCCGUUCAAGUCAUGGCGGAAGAAGAUACUAUCGCUUACCCUGUGCAGCCUUCCGACCACAAGCGCAAGCUUGAGAAUAUCGAAUCGGAGAUCCUCGAUCAACAUACCGGCUCGAUUGAUUGUUCUAACGAAGCUUCUGUUGAUGAUGCGAAAGAAGCAUCUGAUUAUUCUCAGGCGAAGCGACACAAGCUCGACGGCAAGGCCGAUGAUGGGUUAGGUAUUGGAGGAACUGUAGAAAAAAAACAAGAGAGUGGUGAAGAAGAGGGAACUGGUAAUAGUCUAAUUGAGAAAGUGCAGGAGCCCAAUCAGGCUGAGGAAUCCGUAGAUAAGAUGGAUGAUAAUGGUAAGACUGAGGAUAACCAACCAGCUUCUGUUGAGGCUACAACCUCCCUGGAUGUUUCUGUUGAAGAAAGUAAAGAGGUGAACACUAGUAAGGAAGCGAAUGAUGCUCUUGUUCAGAAAGAAGUUGAAAACGAAAGCAAGGUAGUGGAUGAUGCUGGUGGUUGUCAGGAGCAGACUGUUGAAGAAAGUAAGGAAGUUAACGGCAGUGGUUCUCAUGAAGAGGUUGGCGAUGGAAGUAAAGAAGUCUGUGGUGGCACUUCUCAUAAGGAGGUUGACGACACCCAAUCCACAACUCGCAAAAUAGAAGUCCCGAGUUCAAAGGUUGGCACGCUUAUUGGUAAAGGUGGGGAGAUGGUACGGAAUCUCCAGCUCAGUUCUGGUGCCAAAAUCCAAAUCCGGAGGGAUUCUGAGGCUGAUCCAAAUGCAGCUUUAAGACCAGUGGAGAUAAUUGGGAAUCUUGCUUCUAUUGAGAAAGCAGAGAAGCUUAUUAAUGAAGUUAUAGCACAGUCUGAAGGAGGAGGUGUACCUGCCCUUUUUGUAAGAGCGGCCCCAGAGCAAAUUGAGAUCAAAGUUCCAAAUGAUAAGGUUGGUGUGAUCAUUGGCCGAGGCGGGGAGACUAUCAAAAACAUGCAGACAAAGUCGAGAGCACGGAUUCAGUUAAUACCACUUGAAGAAGGCGAUGGCUCUAAGGAAAGGACUGUUCGUAUUUCUGGGGAUAAAAGGCAAAUUGAUAUAGCUACCGCGUUGAUAAAGGAUGUCAUGUAUCAGGAUACAAGGCCAUCACACUAUUCUGGUGGUUAUAACUCGCCUGCUUACCAACCACGAGGACCCGGUGGUCCGCCUCAAUGGGGUGGUUCACGUGGUCCUCAUGGGCCCCAUUCAAUGCCAUACAAUUAUCAUCAUGGUGGACCAUACCCGUCUCAUGGUUCACAUUACAGACCUCCCAACUCCGGCGGUUAUCCUCCACAACAUAUGCCUCCGAGGAGUGGAUAUGGUCCUGGUUGGGAACAAAGGCCUCCACAUUCUGGUCCAUAUGAUUAUUACAGUAGGCAAGGACCUCAAAAUCCAGGUCCUGUGCCCAACCAUGCUGCUCCGUACUCUCAGGCAGGUGGUCAGCAGAAUUAUGGGCAGAUGUAUGAUCAGCCAAACUAUGAUAAUCCUCCUAUGCAGCAAUCUUAUGGUGGAUACCAACAGGGCUAUCCACCGGCCGGUGGUCAGCACCAAAUGCAGCAGCCAAGUAGACCUUAUGGAAUGCAAGGACCAGCCGAGCAAGGAUAUGGGCCUCCAAGGCCAGCAGCACCUUCUGUUGAUGUGCCUUACCAAGGUCCACCUCAAGCAGCACCAUCGUAUGGUGCAAACAUGGCUCCACCACAACAGCAAUAUGGUUAUGCAUCAAGUACUCCUGGUCAGCAAACUUACCCUUCAUACAGCUCUGCAGCACCAUCCGAUGGUUAUAAUGGUACACAGGCAGCAGCAGUUACCCCAGCUUAUGAACAGCAUGGUGUUCCGCCAGCUUCUGGUGUGCAGCAAACUUCAGGUGGAUAUGGGCAAGCACCUCAAACCGGUGGUUAUAGCUCAUAUCCCUCUACACAGCCGUCUUAUGGUAAUGCCCCGGCUCAGAGCAAUGGAAACUACGGCUACGGCUCUCAGUAUCCUAGCUAUGGAGGUGGAAACGCAUCAGCAUAUUCCGCACCUGUUGGCCAAACCGCUUAUUCCCAGCCUGCACCUGCUCAGGCGGGCUAUGAUCAGUCUGCAACUCAGCCAGCAGGCUAUGCAGCUGCUCCAGGAACAGCACAGUGAAGUUCCUUCAAAUCAAUCAGUAUGAUGCAGACUAGGCUUGUGAUGUGACUCGCUAGAAGAUCACAUGUAUCCUCAGAUUAUUAGACUUGUAUUCCUAAACUGCACAUCCUGAAUUAGACAGCCCCAGUGUUUUCUUAUUAAUCUUUGGUAUCUCGUCUUAUUAUCGUGGAUCUAAAUGGCGCAUGACUCUGUUCCACCUUACAUUUUGCACUGCGAUCUGAGUAAACCUUAAGUUGUUGUU